GAGGGAGCAACCCGCAGAGCAUUGACUCAUCUCCAGACCGCAGACUUUACUGCUGAUCCGAAUCUCAAAGGAUAUAAAUAUUUCAACAAUGAAGCACGGACUUCUUCACUUUUUACUAACUUUCCCUUUCAUCAGUGGCUCACCUUUCCAGUAUAGCAUGUUUCAGGGGAAUCCUUAUUCUGGCACCGAAACACGACAAAGGAACAAAAACUGGUGUGCCUACGUUGUGCACAAGAACGUGAGCUGUGCCGUCGUGGGAGGCACGGAGAGCUUCGUGCAGCCGGAGGUCUUACCGUGUCCACUGGAGCUGCCGAACUGCGCGCAACAAGUGAUAUAUCAAACACAUUUUAGGCCCGUGUACAAAAUUGCCUACAAGACUGUAACAGAGCUGGAGUGGAGGUGCUGCCCGGGGUACCAGGGCCACAACUGCCAAGAGGUGAAAGACAUGAAGCUGCUCCAAGUAGAGCGUUUGCCUCAUGCUCCCUCCCCCUCUGGACAUUUUCCUGCUCCACAAGCGCCAAAUCAGCAACCAGAAGGCAAGAGAAGCCAUCCAUGGGGAGGGGUGGGACAGAUUGGAGGUCAGACGGGUCACAGGCCACAACAAGGUCACGGAGGGUCUCAGAGUCCACAACACCUGGAGGAGGAGGUGCAGCGACUUUCCCAGAUGGUCCUCGACAUGCAGGCAAGAAUGACAGACAUGUCCUCCAAUCUGAGACUGGACUUCCAGGAGGACGCCAGUAAGAUGCUGGUUACGCUGCUGAACAACCUCAAGCAGCCUGCCAGCGCACGGGGCGCAGAGACCGAAACCGUUCAGGUGCAGGACUUCUCUUUUGACGAGAGGACAGUGGCGAUGGACGAGGUCAUGAGCAAGAUUGACCAGGUCACACAUGAGCUGGAGUCCAAGAGCAACACCUUGGAAGACCUGCUGGGUCGUGUCAACCACCAAGAUGGACAAAUUCGUCUGUUAAUGGAAGCUGGCCAGACCCCGCUGUCCACUCCUCGUCUUCCUCCCCCAGCCAUCGAUGCAGACCUGCGGGCCUUCCUGGACGAUAAGAUCCGAGCUCUGAGAGAGGAGUUGAUGGAGGGUAUAGAAAUCAAAAUGGCAGACUUGAAGAACUCCUGUGAUUAUAAAAUCAUGUCAGUUCAGGAACAGUGUGAAGGACAGGAAGUCAACUACCUCAGCCUGGCUGAGCUCAUGGAGUCCAAGGAAAGUGACCUCCGCAGUGAGAUCCAGGACCUUAAGAACAAGUUGACUGAUCCAGGAAAGGAAGACAACCGAGUAUCUAACUCUGUUGUGGCUCAUAUGGAGCAGCGUGAAAUCCAUCUGAACUCAUCAGAGAAGACUGUGGUGCAGUGUCUCUCAGUAGAGGAAAAGUUGAGGAAAGAACAGGCGGAGGCCAUCAAAGAUCUGACGAACACUCUGGAGGACAAACUGGGCUCCAUGGAGGACCGACUCACUGCCCUGUUGAUGGAUACAAACACUAACUCCCCAUCAGAUGGUCAGCCAGAGAGGGACAUUAACUCCCUAAAAGGUUCUGUUCAGACUCUGGAGGACAGACUCAAUGACUUGGACCAAUUGUGCUCGAAAGAAUGUAAAGUUAAUAUGACUGUUGUAGAAAACAUUCAGCAGGAAUACCAGAGCUGCAAAACUGCUGUAGAUGCUAUCGAGACUCAUCUAAAAGGCCAGACAAAUGGAAGUGGAGCUGAGAAUGUACAGGACGAGUUAAGCUACUUGAAAGACCGUGUGGGCAGACUGGAGGACUCACUAUCAGAUAUAGUCCAGCAGCAGUCUCAGACCCCGAACAGCCUCAACUCCACCUGGGGAGAGGUUAAAACAGGGACUCAGCAGGAGGCCAAGGAGCUUUUGGAGCUCCACAGAACACAGCACGAGGAACUGAGACAGCGGCUGGAUGAGCUGGGCAGGGAGGUGAAAGCUGAGGCCGACCGCUGCAGGGAAAAAACGCAAGAUGUCGGGGGGGAAAUCGCCCACAUGGACAGCCGCGUUGUUAAUGUGGAGGCUUUAUGCAGCAAGCUGGAUCCCAUCUCUGGUAGCCUCCAGAGGAUCAAAGAGGGCCUGAAUAAACACGUCACUGGGUUGUGGACUUGUGUGAACCAGCUGAACAGCACGGCUAGAUCUCAUGCUCGAGACCUCGGAGGACUGAGGGGAACCUGUCAAACCCUGCAGAACCACAUCUCAGAGGUAGCCAGAGACCUCCAGCUGCUAACAAACGGCUCUCCAGGGAAUGAAGGUGUUCAGGUUGGAGUGGAGGCCGCUGGACUUCCUCAGGGCUCAACUCAGAGCCUCACGGUGCCGAUGGGCCCCGUGGACGCCUCCCUCCCUCAGCCACCUGUGAUGGAGACCGGAGGCGGGCCCCCCGGCAAGAUGACCCAGUCCAAGCUGCCCAGAGGGACCGACGGCAGCAUGAUGCCUGUUCAGGGUUUUGCCGGAGCUCCAGCUUCACCGAGCAAACCUACCGACUCUCUAAAGACCAGCAUGCCUCUGAUCUCAGUAGUAAACAUGCCCCACAGACCUCCAGCUCACAAACCUGUCGCAGCUUCAGGUGAGAAGGUGUCGUUCUCAGCCGGUCUGACUCUUCCACCGUUCCAAGGAGAUGUUGGAAUCAUUCGAUUUAACAAAGUGCUGAUCAAUGAUGGAGGACAUUAUGACCCUCAAACAGGUAUCUUCACAGUUCCUACAGACGGUCGCUACCUGGUCACAGCUGUUCUCGGCCAGCGAGGCGAGAAGGUCGAGGCGGUUCUGUCCGUGUCCAAUCAGAGCAUCCAGAGGUUGGACUCUGCAGGUUUUCUGUCUGGAGUCGCUGCGCCUCUUUCACAUGAACAGUGUGGCUGCAGCAGUUCGACCUCACUGAGUCUGGUUCUGUCACUGAGGAGAGGAGACCGAGCCGGAGUCAUGGUGACCGCCGGGAAGCUCGCCGUCUCUGCCUCGCCUGAGAUCCUGUCGUCUUUCAGCGCCGUGCUUCUUUACCCCAGCCCUUCAAAACGGUAGCUCCUCCACUUCACACACAGCCGACACGUUAAGCCAUAAGUGGAGUACAGAGAUGUUCCAUAGUGGAGAUACACUGCAGGAGGAAGGGACGACGUGUUCACCAGAAGGAAAAGAAAGAAAGUCUCCAAGUAACAAAUGAGAUUAUUUCUAUCAUGAGUACUAAUAUAUAGUUUCAAUGCAAUUAUUUUAGAUUUUAAAUUGUAAACUUUUGUUUUUGAUUUAGCUCUUCCAAAUAUUUGCUUAACCCUCCUGUUGUCCUCAUUUACAGGCACCAAAAAAUAUCGUUUCCUUGUCUGAAAAAAAUUCAGCAAAAUUUCUAAAAUUUGCAAAACUUUCAGGAAGAAAAUUCCAAUAAUUCCUUAAAAAUUUCCCUUGUUUAAUUUUUUAAAAAUCCCUAAAAUUUGGCAAGAAAAUUCUUGUAAAUAUUUUCAAAAAUGAGUAAAAAUCUUCCAAAAAAUCCGAAAUAUAUCUACAGUGA